AACUCAGACUCUGACGGUCGAUGGGGUGCACAGUCGUGCCGCAGCAUCCUGCACUACGUCUGCAAGAUGCCACUCAAAACUUGUCCAGAGGAAUCCACAUACUCUGAGAGGAGAUGUUACUACCCGAGCCAGCAGGAGGACACAUGGAGCAACUCCCGCAGCAGGUGUAAACAAUGGGACGAGGCAGCCGACCUCGUCAGCAUCCACUCAGUGGAGGAAAACACUUUCUUUGGUGAACUGAUGAAGAAUGCCAGUGAUGGUACCUGGCUCGGUCUUACAUACAAUCAACUCACCAACUGGACCUGGUCUGACGGCCAGGACACUGACUUCUCCAUGUGGGACACUAAUGAACCUGAUAGCGUUGAGACGGAUCAGUGUGUCGUCAUGACUAACGACACCAGCAGCGACUACAGCUUCAGGUGGAGAAACAUUCCUUGUGAAUCAAUCAAGAACUUCGGCUGCGAACUCUUCCCUACACACAGUGUGGGUUGUGAGGACGGAUGGCUGGCACACGCAGGCUGGUGCUACUGGUACUCCUACGAUGCCUCUUCCCUCGCCAACUUCAAAGAAGCCAGGUGGGAUUGUCAGGUGCGAGGCAGUGACCUGGUUUCCAUACACACUGACGAGGAGAACUCUUUUGUUGACGCCAUCAUUAACCAACAUCGCCUGACUGAUGUGUGGCUGGGGGUGACAGAUGACGGCCAUCAAGACCAGAUGAUGUGGCUGGAUGGAUCACCACUCACCUUCACCCUCUGGAAGGCUCUUAAUGACUAUGAUGUGAAGUACCACCCACUGUGUGGGUUCCACUACAAGUUCUCCACGGAAGGAGAGUGGGGUGUGGGAACCUGCGAUGCCAAGAAUUACUAUGUUUGCAAGAAGCCAUACACUGUCACACCUCUCAACCCCCCGGACUCCGGCUGCAAUUAUGGAGACGCUGCCUACCUGGGGUCCUGCUAUACCUUCCCGAGCUUCUCACACACCUGGUCAGACGCCAACAACAUCUGUAGGACCAAGAACGCCACACUGGUGGUGAUCAAUGGCAGAGGUGAGAGCGACUUCCUCUCCACGUACCUGAGUGAGUUGGGAGCCUCCGUGUGGAUCGGUCUCUCAGGUACCAGGAACUUUGACGGCUCUUUCACCUACGCCUGGGUCAACAACGACCCAGUCACCGUCACCUACUGGGCGGCCGACCAACCCAAUCCGACCCUUGGGAGCUGUGUUACAGCCUCCGGUGACGGGUCCCUCGCUGGUGUCUGGAGCGCCACCACUUGUACAGAAACUUUUCAGUACAUCUGCGAGUACGAGAGCACGGGGCAGGCCCCCACCACGUCAUUACCUACCCAGCCGCCGGAGGGUGAGUGUGCACCCACCUGGACUCUUAAGGACGCCCGCUGCUACAAGGUGUUAGAAGACAGGAAGACCUGGUCAGGGAGUGAGGCUGUGUGUGCGUCUUCAGGAGGUCACCUGGUGAGCGUGGCCACCGCUCAAGAACAAGAUGCUAUACUCAGCCUGGUCAUGUCCAGCCUGCCUGACCACGACGUCUUCUGGGUCGGCCUCACUUCUGGUGGUGAAACAGGGUACCAGUGGAUUGACGGUACUCCUUUUGCCUACGUCAACUGGGCGCCAGGUCAGCCAGACAACUAUUAUGGGAGAGAGUACUGUGGCUCCGCUGACAGAGACACACUCGAACUCUCUGAUAAUGUGUGUAGCAGUCUUCUCCCCUUCGUUUGUGAAGCUACACCAGGGGCGAUGAUAAGUACACAGCAGCCUCCAGUGACCACACCAAAUGUGCCCUGUGAUGAUGACUCUACUUGGUCUUUGUACAACGAAUACUGCUACAAGAUAUUCUCUCAGACUGGUGAGGAGACAUGGUGGGAUUCUCACCUCAAGUGUCGGCAAGACGGUGGAGAACUGGUCUCCAUACACUCACUCGAGGAGAACUACUGGCUGCUGACACAGAUAUCUGACUUGAAAGACUCGGAUUUGUGGAUUGGAGGUCGGACGCAGAUGGGCUCCGGGUAUACAUGGGUCGACGGGUCACCUUUCGACUUCGACAACUGGGCGAAGGGUCAGCCCGACAACUACCAAGGAGCCGAGGAUUGUGUGUCUAUUUCUGCUGGUCAACAAGGGUUCUGGAGUGACAAGAACUGUGGCCAGCAGAUGGGUCGAGUGUGCAAGCGUCCCUACGGAGCCACGCUCACCCCUGCCAUCACCACGAUACUUCCCCAGGGCACAUGCUCCUCUGGAUGGAUCCAAGAUGGUGCACACUGUCUCAAAUUCUUCCCUGAGAAGAAGACCUUCGAGGAGGCUAGAGCAUCGUGCCAACAGCUGGGUGAAGACUCAGAUCUGGCCAGUCUUCACUCCCCUGAUGACCAAGCCUACGUGACGGCAGCUCUUGGAAUGGUGGGCGCCAGCGUGUGGAUUGGCCUACGCAACACCAACGGCUUCCACUGGGUAGAUCAGACUGCUGUCACCUACACCAACUGGGCUCCCGGCGAGCCUAGCGGACACCCAGGACUGGACGUGUGUGUUGAGGUUUAUGCUACCAAUGGUCAGUGGAACGACGACCUCUGUGAUGCUCUCCGUGGUUACGUCUGCAAGAAAAAACAAGAGAGUGUGGACCCUAUCACGCUGCAGGCGUGCUCCUCGCCCUACCAAAACUACGUUAACUACAGCGGCGCCUGCUUCAGAGCAGAGCCCACACCCACAACCUGGCAGGAUAGUGAGGCAGCCUGUGUACAAGAAGGUAGCCAUCUUGUGUCAGUGAAACAAGUGACCCAGGGAGCCAUGGUGUGGGUGUUGUCCCUCAACCAGCCAGCCACCGACCCAUGGAUUGGCUUCAACAACUUGCAGGAGGAGCAUCAGUUUGUGUGGAGUGACGGCUGGCCUACCACGUACACCAACUGGGGACACGAGCAGCCUAACACUAGCCUGAGCGACCACAAUUGUGUCAGGCUUGACUCUAACACCGGCCUCUGGCUCAGUGAAAAAUGUGACCAGCUCAGACCAUUUAUCUGCAAACAUGAGGAUGGAAUGGCGCCGACACCGGAGCCUCCCGUGAAUGGCUUGUGUCCAGGGCACAACUGGCUGGACCUGGGCGGCGCCUUCUGCUACCUGACGGUGGAGGAGCAGGAAACCUUCGUGAACGCCAGCAUCAGGUAAGAGAGUGCUGCCUCCUGACUGCUCUGGCGCUGUGGAAGCCUUUCUUGGAUAAACGACAACAGGUAAAUAUAUUAACAUAACAUUAUGUUAAUAGCGUUAAACACACACAUGCACAUAUUCA